AUGGAUGGCAAUCAGGAAUUAUUUCCCUGUGAAGUCUGUGGAAGACGCUUUGCAGCAGAUGUUCUGGCAAGGCAUGGAAAUAUAUGUAGAAAAGUCUUCAACAAAAAGCGUAAACCUUUCAAUUCUUUAAAACAAAGAUUACAGGGCACUGAUAUCCCCACUGUGAGGAAGACUGCUCAGUCCAAGUCUCCACCUGUGAAGAAAUCUAACUGGCGACAACAGCAUGAAGACUUCAUUAAUGCAAUUCGGUCAGCAAAGCAGUGUACACUAGCUAUUAAGGAAGGCCGGCCUCUCCCACCUCCACCCCCUUCAUCCAUCAACCCAGAUUACAUUCAGUGCCCAUACUGUAUGAGGAGGUUCAAUGAAACUGCAGCCAGUCGACAUAUCAGUUUCUGCAAGGAUCAGUCUUCACGCAGAGUCUUUGAUCCAGCCCAGACUGCAGCCAAAUUUGCAUCCAAAAAGCAGGGUAGGCCUAAGACAAGUGCCCCCAAAGAGCCAAUGGCAACCAGUACUGUGGGGAUUCUGCUACAGAACAAGGCCCUGGAGUCCGAUAAUAGGGUCCCGUCCAAACCAGGUCGGGCUUGUUUGAAGUUGGAGCUAACGUGCCGAGAGGGAAUGUUUCUUAAUUUAUCAGCCUUACAUAACUGA